CACAUAAACUGCGUGUCCCGAUAGACGUCUCUCUUUCCCUCUCGCUGCUGACAGCUUAUUUGCAAUGCAGAUUGGGUCCUAGGUUAUUUGUUUGAAGCGUCGCUUGGUUAUAAAAUAGGAUCACUUGGAGGUAUGUCUGGAAAUCAACGUAUUGUUGGGCAAAUGAUGUGACAAGGCACAGACUACAAAGAGGGUAAGCGGAUCCAUGAGAAGAGACAAUGUCCAUGCUAACUCCUAUUCUCAGUCCAGUGGUGGUGAAGGCAUACCUAUCCAAAGGAGAACGCUUUAUCAAAUGGGACGAUGAUACAUCUCUGGCCUCUCCUGUAAUCCUACGAGUGGAUCCUAAAGGUUAUUAUAUGUACUGGACAUUUCAGAGCAAGGAAAUUGAGUUUGUGGAGUUAACGAGUAUUCGAGAUACACGAUAUGGAAAAUAUGCUAAAAUACCAAAGAGCCAGAAGCUUCGAGAAGUUUUUAAUCUGGACUUUCCAGAAAACAACUUUUUGGCAAAGACACUGACCGUUGUGACCGGUACAGAUAUGGUCGACCUUACCUUUCAUAACUUUGUAUCCUACAGGGAAAACGUGAGCAAGGAUUGGGCUUCGGACAUUCUGACAUUGGUUACGUACCCACUACUCACCAAUGCGUCCCGUUACACUUUCUUUGAGAAAAUACACGUAAAGCUGAAACUUCAGCUGAAUGCAGAGGGAAAGAUUCCUGUGCGCAAUAUUUUCCAGAUUUUUCCCGCAGACAAAAAGAGAGUAGAGCAAGCACUGACGUCUUGUCACCUAGCAAAAGGAAAAAAUGAUUCAAUUAACCCUGAGGAUUUUCCAGAAUCUGUCUUCAGAACCUUCCUCAUGAACCUGUGCCCACGGCCAGAGAUUGACGAAAUCUUCACAUCUUACCACUCGAAGGCCAAGCCCUACAUGACGAAGGACCAUCUCACCAAGUUCAUCAACCAGAAGCAGAGAGACUCCCGACUAAAUGAGUUGCUUUUCCCACCUGCCAAACAUGAACAGGUGAAACUUCUUAUCGAAAAAUAUGAGCCAAGCGUGAUCAAUGUACAGAGAGGGCAGCUGUCUCCGGAAGGAAUGGUCUGGUUCCUUUGUGGAUCAGAGAACAGCAUUGUAGCAGUAGAGAAAUUACCAGUGAAUCAGGACAUGACCCAGCCACUGUCCCACUACUUUAUCAAUUCCUCUCACAAUACCUACCUCACAGCUGGUCAAUUUUCUGGAGUCUCCUCCCCUGAAAUGUACAGACAGACCUUACUCUCGGGCUGCCGCUGCGUAGAACUGGAUUGCUGGAAAGGCAAACCACCGGAUGAAGAGCCGAUUAUCACACAUGGCUUCACCAUGACGACUGAGAUUCUCUUUAAGGAUGUGAUUGAAGCCAUCGCCGAAUCUGCUUUCAAAACAUCUCCUUAUCCAGUGAUUCUCUCCUUUGAGAACCAUGUUGACUCGGCUAAGCAGCAGGCGAAGAUGGCAGAUUACUGUAGAUCCAUUUUUGGAGAUAUGUUGCUGACCGACAUACUGGAAAAAUAUCCGCUGAAACCUGGAUCCCCAUUGCCUAGCCCUCAGGAAUUAUUUGGAAAAAUCCUAAUUAAAAACAAAAAGAAUCAGUCUUUCAUAAGUCCUGAGAAAAAAGCUCAAACUAGCGAUGCAACUUCUGCAGAUCCAACGAAUUUAAGUGAAAAACCAGAUGAAGGGACGGAAGAGGAUGCAGUGAAGGAGACAGAAAAUGAAGAGACGGCAGAAAACUUAGAAGAAGAGAUGAAGCAGAUGCAAUCGGAUGAGGGUACAGCUGGUUUGGAAGCCACUGCCUACGAGGAGAUGUCGAGUUUGGUCAACUACAUUCAACCAAUCAAAUUCGACUCAUUUGAAGUCUCAACACAAAAGAACCAAAGUUAUGUUAUCUCUUCAUUUGUCGAAACCAAAGCUUAUGACCUACUGACAAAGUUUCCUGUGCAAUUUGUAGAAUAUAACAAGAGACAGAUGAGUCGUAUCUAUCCAAAAGGCACAAGGAUGGACUCCUCCAACUACAUGCCUCAGAUGUUCUGGAACGCAGGUUGUCAGAUGGUGGCAUUGAACUUCCAAACUAUGGAUGUGGCCAUGCAGCACAACAUGGCGAUCUUCGAGUUCAACGGCAGCAGUGGGUACAUUUUAAAACAUGAAUUCAUGCGACGGGCAGACAAACAGUUUGAUCCAUUUACAGUUGACCGGAUUGAUGUGGUUGUAGCCAACACCCUUUCUAUAACUGUAUUAUCAGGGCAAUUCCUAUCGGAUAAAACUGUAAAAACAUACGUAGAGGUGGAAUUGUUUGGGCUACCGGGAGAUCCAAAGCGUAAAUACAAAACAAAACUAACGCCAACAGCAAACUCCAUCAAUCCAGUGUUCAAAGAAGAACCAUUUGUGUUUGAAAAGAUUCUAAUGCCAGAGAUUGCUUCUCUGCGAAUUGUGGCAUAUGAAGAAGGAGGGAAGUUUAUUGGCCACCGGAUUAUUCCUAUUGAUGUAAUUCGAUCAGGUUUUCAUCAUAUUUGCCUUCGUAGUGAGAGUAAUAUGGCGCUCACAAUGCCCUCUCUUUUUGUGUAUGUUGAGGUCAAAGACUAUGUACCGGAUACGUGGGCAGAACUUACUCAUGCCCUCUCAAAUCCCACCAAAUUCUUCAACCCCAAUGAAAAGAAGUCAAUAAAACUGAAAGACGGGGCAUCCUUAUCUGAAGAGAAGUCCAUCUCAAACCAAGCAAAUGGCAACACUGGCUCUAACAAAGGAUCAAACAAAUUGGUGCAGAAUGGACCUUCAGGCUCUGUCAGAAAAGGGACACAGGAGCCUGCACGAGAAGCUGAAGAACCACAAACUGCAGACCAGGAUGAGCUGCAAAAGCAGAAAAGCUUCUUAAAAAUCCAGAAAAAGCAGGAGAAGGAACUGAAAGACCUGGAGCGGAAGGGAAUGAAGAGGAGGGAGGAAAUAGUGCAGAAAUAUGCAAGCGCCUUCAGCACAAUGCACUCGCAGAACAAUAAAAAGAAAUGCUGCACAAGCAGAGAAAACAAAAAGAAGAGAAGUAUACCAGAGGACGACUAUGGCGCAGUAUGGGGUGCGGGUGAGAUACCUGGUAAGGGAGAUCCAAAGGUUUUGGAGCUUAAGGAAAAGAUGGAGCAAGAAUUGACACGGGCUGGAGAGGAACAUUACGAGAGCAUCUGGAAAAAGAAAGAGCAACAUUCAAUUGAGCAAACAGCCAAACUAAUGGAGUUAGCGCAGGAGAGACAGGCAGCAGAGUUGAAAACCCUGAAAGAUACAGCUUACAGUGACACUAAACAGAUGAAGAAGAAGCUGGAGGUUAAGAGAAUCGAAAGGCUUGAAUCUGUGAGCAACAAUACAAUGGACAAAGCUGCUCAGGAAAGGUUAAAGAAGGAGAUGAAUAAUUCCCACAUCCAAGAGGUGGUGCAGGUCCUUCAGAUGUUAUCGGACAAAUGGGACAACCAGCAGAAAAAACUAGAGGAAAAACAGGCGGAGGGUUUACAGAAGAUCAGAGACAAUGGAGAGCAGGCUCAAACAACAUUCAAAACAGAAUACGAAGAAAAGCUUAAGAACUUAGGAGCUGAAGUGUCAGACUUGGUGCACAAUUGUAUGGUAUCCUUAUUUCCUGUGGAGGCUGCCAUUGUUAAAAAGGACGCACAGAAUUGUGCAAUGAACAAGUGGGAAUUUCUCUUUGCAAAAACUGACUUGGGAGAAGCAUUGGCAAAGAAGCAAGCAACCAAUGUGGAAGACAUGACACAAAAAUCUGUGGAUGAGAUUGCUACUGAAGAUCCAGUGGUGGCCAAGACUGUUACAGAUGAUCUGUCUCACAAUGACACAACAACAGUAGCCUUGGCUAAUUCAGCUCAAGUAGAGACCAAAGAUGAAACAGCAAAACCUAUUUCAGAAGAGUCUUCUUCACAUUAAGGUUUGAUGCUGGAUGCAGUCAACUGUUAUUGGGUUCUGAAACACUAGACAUGUUCUCUUUCAAUCAAGAAAAAACAAAACUAUUUAUACAACAGGUAUCAUCAAAAGACAAUGUCCUGGUCCUAAGUGCCUUCGGUUA